AAAUGCAUUUAGCGCGUCUGCUGGCUGUAAAUUAAAGAGACAUGGAGCGGCUGUGGCUCGUUUUUACCCUCAUUUUAAACUUUCAGCUCACUUACGGGACCACCUCUGCUCAUGGCUUAUUCCAGGGGUCUGCACACGCUGGAGCGGCGCACAGAUUCAGAAAUAGGAACUGGUGUGCCUAUGUGGUGCCGAGGAACGUGAGCUGCGUGGUGCUGGGGAGCGCAGAGAGCUUCCAGGAGCCUGUGGUGGCCCCCUGCCCGGCCUACCAGCCCGACUGCCAGCAACAAAUGACAUACCACAUGCGGUUUCGACCCACAUACAAAACUGCUUAUAAGACAGUCACAGAGAUAGAAUGGAAAUGCUGUCCUGGUUACAGAGGUCCAGACUGUAAGGAUGUAAAUCCACCCUUGGAUCGACAAACAGGGCUGGGACCUAGGUCUUACCUCCCAGCAAAUCCUGGACUCACGUCCAGACACAUACAGAGACCAGAGCGGAGGGAGACCGCACACCACGAGACUCAGCAUGGUGUCACAGAUAAGGUGCGUCUUCUUGAAGGUGAAGUUCAGCGUCUCACUCAGACAGUCCAGGAUCUCCAGGCCACUCUAACAGGAUUAACUGGUAACCUUCGCACAGACCUGCAGGAUGACACCAAAAAGAUGCUGGUGACACUCCUAAACAACAUGCGGCCUCAGGAUAACAGCAGUAAUCCAGGCACGGAGGAGAGUCCAGCCAUGCUAGAUGGUCAAGCUACCAGAGCUGGGAUUGCUGGAGAGAAAGCCCUAGAGAAAAUAGAAGCUCGUUUAGAUGAUAUCAACAAUGCACUGAAAAGCAAGGAUGAAGCUUUGGAAGACCUCAAAGGGAUCACAACAAGUCACGAAGGACAGAUACGUGUCCUGAUGGAUGCUUCUCAGUCUCAGAACCCAGCCAUAGCAGAGUUUGAUGCUAUACAAGCUUAUGUUGAUGGACAGUUUGAGAAGCUGAAGAAGGAGCUGGACCAGAAUGUGGAGGAGCAAAUGGUCAAACUGCAGGGCUUGUGCAAUGACAAGAUGCAGGUCAUGCAGAAGACCUGUGAGGACAGCCACGAUAAAGUUCUUUCCAAGGUGACCAACCUUUUAGACACCAAGGAGGCUGAACUGAAAAAAGAGAUCCGGACAUUGCAUCUAGACAUGACUGCUGCAGAUGGGCCUGUACGAACUCAAAGACAGACAGAGCUACAUAACGAGGAUAAAGACUACAGUGACCAUAAGGACUUAUGGCGUGAAAUUGACCGCAUAUCUGAGGCUUACCGAAUCCUUAAUGUCCGCGUUGACAAGGAACUGGCUCAUUUGUCCACAUUUCAGGACAUUGGUGAGGUUAGUUUUUUGAUUCAAGAGUUGGAGGCACGUAUAAAUAUUACAGAGCAGAAUGCAGAAACUCAUUGUUUCUACAUUGAAGAGAAAUUGUCCAGGACAAUCGCAGAGGAAGUGGCUGUACUUCGACUGCUUCUGGAUGAACGCUUGAAUAUCAUUCAGGACCAGUUCACAAACAUGAUGGUGGAGAUGAACAACAGCUCUUCCCCCGGAACUUUUGGUCACUCAAUGAGUGUUAUUCAGGCGGAAGUCAACAACAACAAGGUAAUCAUCCAGACUUUGGAUGACAAACUUAAUGCUAUAAAGGAGUCGUGCUCAGGAGAAUGUCCAGGCUCUGAAAUUCCCGUAGCUGAGGGACUGACGCCCAGUCGUAUCGGAAACAUUUUGAAGGACCUGAAUCGUUAUAGAAAUGACUUGGACGUUCUUCACACAGAUGUCAGCUCCAACACAGACAAAGUCAAACAACUGGAGACCCUCGUUCAAAGGCAGUCAUCCGGAAAUGAGAGGCGCGUAAAGACAAUGGAGGAUUUCCAGAAAGGGAUGAUUAAUCUUCAAGAUAACGUUCUUGGUUUGGCUGGUGCUGUUAAUGGGUUAAGUGACUCCUUGAGCAAAUAUGACCAGGAUAUGCACAAAAUGAACUCAACAUGCUGCCAUCCAGAGCAGACGAACCAUGGGAGAUCAGCGCAGGUCAACGUGGCUGCAUCUAACCUGACCAGUCGUCAGAUGGAUGAGCUGAGGAACAGAUUCAAUGUGCUCAGUAGACAGGUGUCUUCUGAACUGUAUCAAUGCAAACGGAGCACACAGGGUGUUUCUGACGAAAUCUCGACUGUGGAGGGGCGUGUGAGCAAGCUUGAGAACGUUUACGGAGGGUUAGACGGGGUGUCCGUUAACAUGAAAGAGCUGAAAGAUCGGCUGGAGAGACACAUCGGGGGCCUGAGGGACUACGUCAACAGGAUGAAUGCUACUUGUGGAAAUCAUGGCGCAGAUAUUGUUGUUCUGCAGAAUUCAAUGAAGAGACUUCAAGAUCAGAUGUCCGCUUUGGCCAAACAUGCAUUGAAAGAUGUCGCUGCUGAGGGGCCAGGACCUGCUCCUUGGCCUGAUUCAUCUCAGAGCAGACCGCGAGUCAAACAGAUUCACAUUCCCGUCAUCCUCCCUCCACCACCAUCCAGUCAUAACCAGGCGGCGCAGCCCAACGUCCACACCAUCAGGAUCGCUUCGCCAAACCAGCCUGCAACCCCUCAGCAGCCCGUAAAACCCGUGAUGGAGACGGGAGAGGCCGGACCCCCAGGAUACAUGCGCAGGCUCACAGUGCGCCGAGGAUCCGAGGAGUUACCGAACAAGCCAGUCGAAGAAUUAGCUGGAGCGCCGGGGUACGGAUCCCCCGCUCUUCUGCAGCCUUCUUCUUUCAAACCUCAGCCAGACAACCAAAUAGCUCCAGUAGCAGGAAAGGCGCAAUGGAACCAAAUGCAUCGAGCUUCAUCUGACUCCCCAGUUUCUGCAGACAGCAGCAUCUCUGCAGAUCCCUUCUCCUUCUCUGCUGGCCUCACGCAGCAGCUUCCUUUCUGGAGAGAGUACGGCACCAUUCGCUUCAAUAAGGUGCUCGUCAACGACGGGGGACACUACAGUCCACACACGGGAAUCUUUACCGUACCACGCAAUGGCCGAUAUUUGAUCGCAGGCCUGCUGACUGCGAAGCAGGGGGACAGAAUCGAGGCGGUGCUGUCUGUGUCUAACCGCAGUGUGCACAGGCUCCAGAGCUCAGCCGGCCCGUUGGAUCAUCAGCAGGGGGCCUCAGCUCAUGGCACCUGCAGCUGCGGAGGCACGGCGUCCUUUAGUCUGAUUCUUCCGCUGAGGAAAGGAGAUCGGGUCAGUCUGGUGAGGACCCGAGGCCAGCUGGCCACAACCACGACCGGGGAAAUCCUGUCCAUCUUCAACGCCAUCUUCCUGUACGAACCGCAGGCCAGGAGCUAGCUGGAGCUCAGCUGAACUUCAGCAGCGAGGACUAAAUUGUUGCCAGAUUCUUGGACUGAAUGUUGCAGAAAACAUAUUUUUCCACUGAUUUGAUGUGAUUUAGCUAUUGAACAUGCAACGCCACUCUGAAGAUUCUAUUACAGGUUCAUUUAAAAAGCUAUUACGUUGAAGGCGGCUAA